GGCUCUCAGUUCAGCUGUAGUGUGUUUUUAUGCAGAGCAGCAGACAGGACGGCGGACGAGAGAGGGGGGAAACUACUGCAGUUAAACAGGGAAAAGUCCAGCGAGGAUCACAGCUUUACCGUCACCUGCUAUAUCCUCAUACGUCAUUGUAGUUUUCACACCGGCAGAAAAGACAUCAUUUAGGGUGCAGGGUAAGAGGAAGAGGGACUCCUAUGUCAGAGUUUUAGGAUGGCCAGUGAAGGCUCCACUAUUCCCAGUCCUGUGGUCCGCCAGAUUGACAAGCAGUUCUUGAUCUGCAGCAUAUGUCUGGACCGCUACGAAAACCCCAAAGUUCUGCCCUGCUUACACACCUUCUGUGAGAGGUGCCUGCAAAACUACAUCCCGGUCCACAGCCUCACACUGUCGUGCCCCGUGUGCCGCCAGACCUCGAUCCUGCCGGAGAAAGGUGUGGCGGCAUUGCAGAAUAACUUCUUCAUCACCAACCUGAUGGACGUGCUGCAGCGGGCGCCAGACAGCUGCAGCCAGGAGGCCGCCGCUCUCAACAACAUCACCACUGUGGCUACAGGCCAACUGCUCUCCUGCCCCAACCAUGGAGGCAACUUGAUGGAGUUUUACUGUCCGCCUUGUGAGACGGCCAUGUGUCAGGAGUGUACAAGCGGUGAACAUGGAGAACACCCAACUGUGCCUCUUAAAGACGUAGUGGAACAACACAAGGCCUCAUUACAGGACCAGCUUGACGCUGUCAAGAAGAGGUUGCCACAGAUUGACACAGCUCUGUUGACGCUGUCAGAGAUCCUGCAGCAGCUGACCAAUCAAAAAAGCUCCAUUGAGGAUGACAUCCACACAACCUUUGAUGAGUUGCAGAAGACUCUGAAUGUCCGAAAGAGCGUUUUACUUAUGGAGCUGGAGGUCAACUACGGCCUCAAGCAGAAGGUGCUCCAAGCCCAGUUGGAUACCCUGCUGCAGGGCCAGGAGGGUAUCAACAGCAGCUGUAACUUCACGGAACAGGCCCUGAGCCACGGCACAGAGGCCGAGGUGCUGCUGGUGAAGAAACAGAUGAGCGAGCGUCUCAUUGAGCUCGCCAGCCAGGAGCUUCCUUUGCAGCCCGGAGAGAACGACCAGCUGGACUUCCUCGUGGAGACAGAGGGACUAAAGAAGUCCAUCCACAACCUGGGCACUAUUGUAACGACUAAUGCCGUGGCCUCUGAGACUGUGGCGACAGGUGAAGGGCUACGGCAUUGUGUGGUGGGUGUGCCCACUUCCGUCACCAUAACCACUAAGGACAAAGACGGAGAGCUGUGCAAGAUGGGUAACGCAGUUAUCACGGCUGAAAUCUCCUCACCUGAUGGCAGCAAAGGUGAAGGAGAGAUACUGGACAACAAGAAUGGCACUUACGAGUACCUGUUCACAGCUCCUAAAGAGGGGACUUUUAAUUUAUCGCUGCGUUUAUAUGAUCAACAUAUCAAAGGAAGCCCCUUUAAAAUAAAGGCCACCAAAUCGAUAGAUGUGUCGUCGACUUCAGACGGCAUGAAGAAGAGGCUGAAGUCUCCAGGCAGUGGUCACAUUAAGCAGAAGGCCAUCAAGAGGCCGGCCAGUAUGUACAGCACGGGGAGGAGGAAAGAGAACCCCAUCGAGGACGACCUCAUCUUCAGAAUCGGCACAAAAGGAAGAAACAAAGGGGAGUUCACUAAUCUGCAGGGAGUGGCUGCCUCCUCUUUGGGAAAGGUGCUGAUAGCAGACAGCAACAACCAGUGUGUCCAGAUUUUCUCAAAUGAUGGUCAGUUCAAAAGCCGUUUCGGUGUGCGGGGAAGGACUCCCGGACAACUGCAGCGGCCAACGGGUGUGGCCGUCCACCCCAACGGUGACAUCAUCAUUGCUGACUAUGACAACAAAUGGGUUAGCAUCUUUUCAAGUGAAGGCAAGUUUAAGAACAAGAUUGGCUCAGGGAAGCUGAUGGGCCCUAAAGGCGUGUCGGUGGACAGAAACGGCCACAUCAUCGUGGUCGACAACAAAUCCUGCUGCGUCUUCAUCUUUCAGCCCAAUGGCAAGCUGGUCACCAAGUUCGGUAACCGUGGCAACGGUGACAGGCAGUUUGCAGGUACACUCAAUGGCCCUCACUUUGCUGCUGUCAACAACAACAAUGAAAUCAUUGUGACAGAUUUUCACAACCAUUCAGUCAAGGUGUUCAACACAGAAGGAGAAUUCUUGCUGAAGUUUGGCUCUAAUGGUGAAGGCAAUGGCCAGUUCAACGCCCCCACAGGAGUGGCAGUGGAUGUCAAUGGGAACAUCAUAGUAGCAGACUGGGGCAACAGCAGGAUACAGGUGUUUGAUGGCAGCGGUUCGUUCCUGUCCUACAUCAACACAUCAGCAGACCCGCUAUACGGCCCACAGGGACUGGCUCUCACCUCUGACGGACAUGUUGUGGUUGCAGAUUCUGGCAACCACUGCUUCAAAAUCUACCGCUACCUGCAAUAGUAGCCCUUCUCCCUCAGCGCACAAACUGUACACACAUCAACAUGCACUCAUUAGUAUGAAGUGACCGUCACAUUUGCACUCAUACGCUCAACCAUUCAUCCUUGAAUCAUGUCGUCAUUGUGCCAUCUGUUUGACCUCUGACGCUGAAGAGAAACAACAGAGGGAAUUAUUUGUGUUUUGAAUCAAGUGCGAGGAUCUGUGGUAUUCACAGACAGCUGCUGCUGAUUGGUGCUUUGAAGAGCCACUCAUAACCUUGUUCAAAUUCCAUCUUAAUGAAAACAGAUUUGAAAAACUAAAACUUUAGUAUUGUACAUAUGUUAGACCUUUUGAUUUGUUGUGACAUGGCAGGAAAACUGGAAAAUAACCCCAAUGCACUUGUUACUAGAAAUACUGGCUGGACAAUGUGUUAAGUGAGAUUUUAAAUUAAAGUAAAGAGGUACCUUUUAGGAAUUAUAUUUACAGCUCCAGCUUCCUGUUAAGUCCUCACAUUUUGCCUGUUCAAUAGAAAAUAAAAAAAAUCCUCCACCUACUGUAGGUAGCAGAGUAUUUAGAGCAUGAUUGAGCAUCUCUGUGCAUGCUGUCUUUCCUAAUGAAUACAAGAAAAGCAACUAGCGUAAAAAAGCGUACUAUAAAGGAAUCUAUUUCAGGCUCAUACUUAACAUCACCAAAAGAAACUUUAAAUUGAACCACUGUUUCACCUAUAAUACGUCUACCUAUAUAUGAAAAUGACUAGUCAAUGUUCUGUCAUGACUUUAAAUAACUUAAGCUUAAUUGGGUUUACAAAACCGUGCAGUGUGUUUGUGUGUGCAAGACAAAUGUGAUUGUGUGAGUGUGUUGUGAUCAAUUAAGGUACCAAACAAAAGCCACUUGAUAUGAUGACUCACAGUCCGCUGUGUGCGUGCGUGUUUGGGUGUGUUGUGUUUGAAGCAUCUUGACAUUGAUUUCAUUUUAGUAAAUGGCUAAAAAAUAAAAAUAGAAAAACAAACUGCAUUAAGGUGCAUCAGACCUCACUGAAAGGGUUUGUUCAUUAAUCUACAUCAUACACAGGGCUGCAGAUCUGUGAUCACCUUCUCUUCUUUCCAUGUGUCUUUCAAAUAAAAUCUGUAGGACUACUAACAAGUUGUAUUUUAGUAAAACAAUAUGUCUGUCCACAUAAAAACAUGCUAUGUGUAAUUCAGCAGAUGAGGUGUAUGUUGUUAAAAUGCACUGUGCUCCUAUUAGUCCUAUUUGUCUUCAAGCACAGUUUUCAUUACUUGUUACCCUGAAUUUGGUCAUUUAUUUUCUACACAAUCCUGUUUAAAUUAUUUGUUUUCCAUUAUAUUGUUUAUAUUUGUAAUGCCAAAUGGAAUUAAAGUGCCCAUAGGAAAGAAUAU